AUGAACGGGGUUGUUGAGGUUGCAAACAAAAACAUCAAAAGGAUAUUGCGCAAGAUGAUCGAUAACCACAAACACUGGAAGGAAAAGCUACCUUUCGCACUUCUGGGGUAUCGUACCAUAAUCAAAACUUCCACAGGGGCUACACCUUACUUCUUAGUAUACGACACUGAAGCUGUGAUACCCGUCGAAGUAGAGAUACCUUUCCUAAGGAUCAUCCAAGAAGCAAAACUGAGUGACGCUGACUGGAUACAAGGUCGGGCAGAGAAUUUCACAUUAAUAGAUGGAAGAAGAAUUAACGCCAUUUGUCAUGGUCAUCUCUAUCAGAAUAGAAUGGCCACAGCUUUCAACAAGAAGGUUAAACACAAACAUUUCUCACCUGGGCAACUAGUUUUAAAGCGAAUUUUCCCAAAUCAAUACGAAGCAAAGGGUAGAUUUUCACCAAACUGCCAAGGGAAGCAGUUGCAACACCAGCAGCCACGACGAACAGCAGUUCCGGCUAUCAUGAACAAACAACCUGGCAUUCACAUGUGA